UGGUGUAGGAUGUGUGUGUGUGUGUGUGUGUGUGUGUGUGUGUGUUCCAAGUUAGAUAAUUACAUAACCUAACAGCCGCUUUGAUUUUCCCUUCAUGUUCAUUCAGCGCGAGUGAAUAAAUGCUGCAGCUCAGCCAUGUUUUACUGACUGUGAUACUCACUGGUAAUAAAAUAUGCAGAGUUUGUUGUUCUACCCACAAACGACAAAAAACUUCAAAUUAGGACGGUCCCAAAAUGUUUGUUUUUAACAUUGAUUUUGCAAACUAUCAUGUGGGAAAAUGAAAAAUUUUCUACAACUGAUCACCAAACCAUAUCUCCAUCUGUCCCUCUCUGUUCGACUUUAUCUUUUUUCAUACAAAUGCUUUGCUUCUGGUUAUUAUUUUAAUAAACUAAGGAUAUGCCCUUCUAGGAAGAUACAUGUAGGAAGAGAUUCCCUCCAUAAUUCUUGGCACCCUUCAUAAAAAUGAGCAAGAAUUAAUAUAUAAAAAGAAUGACAUGCAAAUGAUGGUUUGAGAUCAGAAAGACAGGAACAUUAUAUAGUUUUAUUUAAACAUGUAGCGUAGUUUACAAAAUGCUGGUUUCAAAAUGAUAAGAAUCUAUAAUCCAUUGUCUGAUUUGUGUAGAACAAUAAGCGUCUGUCUCUUUUUGUGCCCCAGAGAAACCGGACAUUGUUAAAGGCAACGGCAAACUUCCUGAGACCUGAGAGCAGAUGAAAAAUAUUAUAGGCUUUUCAAGAAUCACAGUUUGUUGCAUUUAUUUAAAAUAUUCAUUAGGGGUGUCAAUACAUUUGCCACAUAUUUUUUGAGAGAAAAUACUAUUAUUUUGAAAAAUAGUGAUUUUUGGUUAGAACAAAUGUGAAUUGUUCAUUUUUGCAAAUGAAUAGUGCCAAUCAUUCUAGAGGGCACUGUAUAUGAUGUGAAGUGUGUGUAUAUACUGUAGUGGCAUGCCUUCAUAAUUAAGUGCCUCCAAUAAGUCAUGAGAUCAAAUGAUAUUUAACAUGUCUAACUGAUGCACAACCUGAAGAUUGUAAUUUCACUCAAACUAAGAAGACCAUGGCCUGGACCAUGUUUCUCUAUAACAGUUUAGUAAUCUAAUAUGUGAAUGUGAAGAUGCAAGCAAGCAUAGCUCACCUCCUUCCAUAGUUUGAAGUUGUUUGCAUUCUUUAUUGUCUGAUUCUGAUAGUAGUCUGUGGAGGAUGUGAUUUAGCCUUCAGUGACUCUGCAGUUGUUGUUGUUUUUUUUUUGGCUACAGUUCCUGAAAACCUGCCAUUAUGUCUGUAAAUCAUUUCUGCAGGAUUCAGUGUCCUGAUUCAGUUUUGCUAUGACCUUCAUCAUACGCUUUGGUGUAUCUUGAGGCGUUUUUAAUUCACACGGACCAUGCAUGUCCAUUUCGACUCUCUAAUGCAAUGCAGGUUUGAAUUUAGCUAAACUUUUUAUCUAUUGAUUUGACACUAACACUAAAUAUUUUGUGUGUGUGUGUGAAAAUUUGGCGAUCUGUGUUGUAGUACAGUCUAAAGUGGGUAUACAGACUAGUCCCCUUACCUACUCACUGCUCCCUACCUUUAACUCAUCAAAUCCUGCUCAGUUUCACAUUCCUGACAUUGGCAGAUACAGAAGCUGGCUAUUGCUAGCUUGGUAAUUUCCUCUAGCUAGUCAACUGUACAUGGUAAUAUUCUGGUAGACAUGUAAAAAAAAAAAAAAUAGUUUUAUUAUAAUUUACAGUUAUUAAUAUAAUUUGUAGCGUUGUCUGUAUCAACAUUCACUUGAGUUUUCAUUCAUGGCAAACAUUUUUUUUAAAGUCUUGCUGCCCGGUAAAUUAUGAAUUAACACUAAAUAAAUUCAGUAUGUAGGUAACCACAAUGUUAGAAGUCUCAAUGUAUACUAACAGCCUCCAUAAAAAGUGAGUAUAUGGUGUAUACAUGUAUAUGGCUUUAACUACACCAAUUCAACGCACUAACAAGCCUCGCAAAACAAGUCAAAUUUUGAAGACAGGCUCCAACUUGGCGCAUAUUAUAUUUAUUCCAAAUCUCCCAGGAUGGGAAUCUUUGCACUUACAGUUAGAUUUACAUUUAUUUAAAUCAGAUAUAAUGGAUGCAUCUGCCACUUGGGUCAGUGGUCAUGCCUUUGCCCUAAUAGUCACCUGAGGAAGCUGAUGGCAUAUGGUGGGAGUUACAGUUGAGCUACUCUCCAUAUGCACCCUCACCCCCUUAGGCCUCUGUUUGGUGUCACUGUUCUUACUCUGCAGUCACAUAAUGGAUCAGCUGUUUAGUAAUUAUUUAGAUGGUGGUUGGUGUUGAAUCCAUAAGUUCAUGAUGAACCGCUUUGUUCAAUUUUUUUUUCUUUUUUCUUGUUUGCUUAGGAACAAGCAACUGCAAUAGCAACAAGUAACUCUUGUCCAUAACAUGACAAGCUGCUUUAUUUGUCUUAUUAUCUUCAAGAGCCAGAAGAGAGAGAGCAGUGAUAACAGGAACUUGUUUCAUGGACAUUCCACAACAUUAAAUGCAAAACUAUAAAUGGUUGUCGUGUCAAAUUUAUGAUUAAAAAUGUUUUAAUUUUUGGCAAAUUAUUGUGGUAUAAGUGAAAUGAAACAUGCUGUUAUUGUAAAAUAACUUCGCUGUGAUAAAGGCAUCUGCUUUGUGUUGGGGUGCAUCACGGCACAUUAUUUACCUAUAACAGCAUGCGUCAUUAUGUUUCAUUCCUUACAUAGGAAACUCAGGACUGUACAUUUAUACUUUUUCAAGGAGAGAGACAAAUCUCAAAUCAGAAAUACAGAAUAAUUAGUUAAAAUAACGUCGGAAUAGUCCAGUUUAACGGGAAAAGGGCACUCUGAGAACUUGCAGCACAUGCAUCCCUUUCUGUUAUGCCCAUUUACCAUUUAUUUACUUUGAGCAUAGAUGAGAGAGAGAUUAAAAUUCUUAUUCUGUUUAGUGAUGCUACCAAUGAUGCUUGAUGACACAUGACAGACACAAAGCCUAAUUAGCGUGUGAGUACUAUGUUUUAACCGUAUCUAAUUAAAAUUCUGCAGGCUGAAAAGAGGCUUAGCUUUUAUAAUGUCAUGAUGUGACCUCAUGCUGUUGGAUUAUGUGGUAACUUCAGAAAUAGGUUUUUAAAUGUGUGUGUGUGUGUGUUUGUUUUUUUUCCAGAUUGUGAAUAUUAUAAUUGAAGUACUAGUUUGAGGGUUUAGACUGAAUCGCAUUUGUACUGAAAAGCAGAUAUUACUUUAUCUAAUGGUGUUUUUUCACUAUUAAUAUCACAACAUACACAAACGGACAGUUUUUGUUCCUUGUGAUAAUGAUCCAUCUGUAAUACCCAACACACCUGAUGUAUUGUUGGUCUACAAUUGUUUUCUGAGUUUUGUCCUGAGGGUAUGCAAACUUUUAUACUUGACUGUACACUAUUUUACUUAGGCCUGCUUUUUUUUGUUUUUGUUUUUUUAACUAGGGACCUUCAGGAGGUCAUUAAUCACAUGAGCAUCUUAGUGUGUGUUUGUUUUAUAAAACAAACCUUGGAUGUCUAGGUGAGAUUGUUUGAACAGUUGUCUAAGCCUUAUAUAAAUAUAUUUGCAUGCUUUAACUUUUUAAUGAAUUAUAUGCUUUAUCUAGCAGUUUUUUUCUGAAGAGGUAUUCAUAGUGAGCUUUAUGUUAGUCUGCAGCUGAAAUCACUUCCUGUCUUUCAUAUCACGUACUCUGCCACUCUUAGUAAAGUAAAUAAUAAGGUAUUACUAAUCUUGAGAGCUUUGGCCUUUCUUGAAACUUAAUCGUUCAUAAGAUUACAUCAUGCAUCAGUCAGUUGGACUGCUGCCAUUCCCUUUGAACAUGUACAUUGUUUUAAGUCAUUUAUAACCAGUGUUGUUAAAUGGGAGACGCUGGUAUAUGAGUGUUCUUUAUGCUUUUGUAAAUAUAUUCAUGUACAGCCAGCGUGAUAGCGUCACAAACUGUGUUUAUUGUGGUGUGUCAGAAUUUGCAUCAGGCCAAUAGGGAACGACUCGCCACGUGGGCCUGUCUCUUUAACGUUGUUAAGGUGGGAGGAGCUUCCUGAGGAAACAGGUGUGUGUGUGUCGAUAGGGAUGAUGUCACUGUUUCUGGAUCACCUGGAAAAACUUGCAUUCAGGCUGCUGGCUAGCAACACACACACAUGACAGCUGUUCCGCACAGAUCACCUGCCAACCUGCUAUCUGCUCGAGUGUGAAUAUUCACACCCUGCUGAUAUGUUUACAAGUGAGGGAAAGACAAGAUACUGACCCCUUCUCUCACAAAAAUAUACUGGAAAUUCCAGCAGCUGUUUUGGAUUGUGACUGCCAAAGUGGAGAUUAGAACAAACCUGAGACCCACUGCACAAAAGUCUGUGAGAUUCCACAAACAAGGCCUCAGAUAUAGGGUGUGGAUGAGAGAGGUGUGAAAAGUAGAGGACGAGUGUGUAAGUCAGCCUGGGACAGCUCUAUUGAAAUUCAUGAUUUUUUUUUUUUUCCCCCACCUACCCCUUGGUGAUGAUUUAUAAGCCUGAAACUCAGAGCAAGCCAAGGAAUUAGGUCAUGCUAGCCCAUGAAAGAGCUCUUUUUGGACAUUUUAUUCUCGUCUUGUCUGUUUUGAGAGUAUGACCCUGUGGUUGGUGUUACUGGGACAGACUGGUUACUGAAAGCCAAUUCCACUAUGUCCUGGAAAAGGAACUACUUUGCGUCAGGCAGCAGUGGGCUGCAGGGCAUCUUUACCCCACGGACCAUGACCUCCAUCGCUCCGAGCAAAGGGCUCAGCAAUGAGCCAGGACAGAACAGCUGCUUCCUCAACAGCGCUCUUCAGGUCCUCUGGCACCUGGAUAUUUUCCGCAGAAGCUUCCGGCAGCUAACCACACACAAGUGCAUGGAGGACUCUUGCAUCUUCUGCGCUCUCAAGAGCAUCUUUGUGCAGUUUCAGUACAGCACGGAAAAGGUGUUGCCCUCUGACGCUCUGCGUACGGCUCUGGCCAAGACCUUUCAGGAUGAGCAGCGCUUCCAGCUGGGCAUCAUGGACGACGCUGCUGAGUGCUUUGAGAACAUCCUCAUGCGUAUCCACUUUCACAUCGCUGAUGAGAGCAAGGAGGACAUCUGUACGGCCAAACACUGCAUUCCACACCAGAAGUUUGCCAUGACGCUCUUCGAGCAGUGUGUGUGUGGGAGCUGUGGAGCAUCAUCAGAUCCUCUGCCCUUCAUUCAGAUGGUACAUUACAUCUCCACCACCUCUCUGUGUAACCAGGCUGUAAGGAUGUUGGAGUGCAGGGAGAAACCAACUCCUGACAUGUUUGGGGAACUGCUGAGAAACGCCAGCACUGUGGGAGACCUGCGCAACUGUCCUGGUAAUUGUGGAGAGAAGCUCCGUAUUCGUCGCGUGCUCAUGAACUCUCCUGAGAUCAUCACCAUCGGUCUGGUGUGGGACUCGGAAAACUCUGAUCUCGCCGAGGAUGUCAUCCACAGUCUGGGCACCAUCCUGCGUCUCGGAGACCUCUUCUCCAGGGUGACAGAGGAGAAGGCCAGGCAGGCAGAGCUCUACCUAGUGGGCAUGGUGUGUUACUACGGCAAACACUAUUCAACCUUCUUCUUCCAGACCAAGAUCCGGAAAUGGAUGUAUUUCGAUGAUGCACACGUUAAAGAGAUUGGGCCGAAAUGGCGGGAUGUGGUGUCUCGUUGUAUUAAGGGGCAUUACCAGCCGCUUCUGCUGCUCUACGCUGACCCCCGUGGCACACCCGUGUCUGUGCAGGACCUGACAUCUCGGCUGGACCUUCACCACUACACCAAAACCUACUACGACAGCGAGGACUCUGGUCGUGAGCCGUCCAUUUCGAGCGACACGCGAACAGACUCCUCGACAGACAGCUACAGCUAUAAACACUCUCACUCGCACCACGAGUCCAUGGCCUCACACUUCUCGUCAGACUCCCAGGGAACCAUCGUGUGCAACCCCAAAAACAACGCAUCGCACAGCAGUCUGGAUACGACGGGCCCUUUGACUGACGGCGAGCCUGCUCAGCGCCACACGCCUAGAAAAAGUGGGACCACAGAUAAGAAGAGCGGAGUCGUGGACAGGAAGAGGAGCGCCAGCCGACCCCGCCGGUUCGACGAGAGAAGUCGAACCUCAAAGACCGAUGAGGUGUCUUCUGCAGGAUACCACAGUGAGGGUGAGACCCUGAAAGAACAACAGGUCCCUCGUGGCACUCCUAAACCCUGCUCUAGCCGUCUGCGGGACUUUAAGGAGAGCAUGAGCAGCAUCAUUCUGAGCCGGCCGCUAUCCGCCGACAGCACAAGCAGCGAGUCCAGAUCCAGCUCCGGUGUAGGACGUUACAGGCCAGCCUGGAAACCACGCCGAGACACUCUCAACAUCGACAGCAUCUUCAGCAGAGAGAGACGCAAGCAGGCCGGCUACGCUCCGUUGGGCACCUUGUUGCCUGAGGAUCCCAGCCACCACAGGCCACUGACAGGCUCACUAGAUCAAAUGGGUUUUGGUGCCAGAUCUGCAUCUAGGACGCUACCAUCAACUCAAGGCAAGAGGAUGGAACCUUCUCGGCUCAUCCAGAGGAUGGAGAGUGGGUACGAAAGCAGUGAAAGGAACAGCAACAGUCCUGUGAGCCUGGACAUCCCCAUUAAUGACGGAGCUGUGAACGGAUCACACAGUGUAAAAGACGCGGCUCUAAUAAAGCAACCCUCCGGUAUCGGCACUACGUGGAAUGGUGUACAGAAGUCGAAAAGCAGCAGUUCCCUCUUGCAGGAUGUCAAAGCCUCCAUCAAAGGAACCAGUCAUACGAGUUUGGCCGCCGAGGGCCGAAGCGAGCUGGACGAGCUUCAGGAGGAGGUGGCGCGCAGGGCAAGAGAGCAGGAACUGCAGAGGAGGAAGGAGAAAGAGAAAGAAGCAGCCAUGGGCUUCAACCCCAAUCCUAGCAAGUUCAUGGACCUGGAUGAGCUGCAAAACCAGGGUAAAGGGGACGGCUUUGAGCGGUGUGUUCUGGACGCUGAAGCUCUGUUAGAUCAGUCUCUGAGACUGGAACAGGCAGGCGAGGUCGCUGCCGCACUGUCUGUGGUAAACGAAGCCAUGUCUAAACUCAGGCAUACCAUGCAUGAGGGCAGUGCUAACGGGCAGGGCAGGACAGUGGCUGAGGCCCGACUGCAAAAGUGUAUGAGGAGGGCGCGAGGCCUGCAGCAGCGCAUGCAGCAGCAGGAGCAGCAGCAACAGCAGCAGCAAGAGGAGAAGGAGGAGAGGGAGGAAGAGCAAAAGCUGCCUAUCAGUGAACAGCCUGUCAAGAUCCAAAUACUUCUGACAGAAGCUCAAGAGGAGGUUGUGGAUGCGCUCUCAGAAGCUUCCUUAGGCCCACCAUUAUCAUCCCAAAUUAUACCCCAUUCUCCUGCUCCAUCCACUCCUGAUCUCUCCCACUCCUACUUCAGAGAGAGCCUUGAACGUCCUUCAUCCAUCGAUAACAAACAGCAUCAAUACUCUCACUCAGACACUCAGGAGAAUUCCCCUACCUCUGCCCGCACAACCAGUAAACCCAGUGCCAGCUCUGCGUCCAUGUUCACAGCAAACGACGCUUCCCAGAUGCCAGCCAGAGACGGACCCGAAGCUCUCACACACGGGCACAAUCAUCACCCGCCUAUGUCCCGGAGCUUCAGUGUCCCUCGCUCUUCCUUUUCCUCUGAUCAGUACAGCUUAGAGGAGAAACCACAGUUGCUCCACUCACAACAGUCAUCACUCUUCAACCCUCCGCCAUCACAGCGCGCCGAUACCGCUCCACCAACGCCGAACUUCAUGUCAUCUUCCCCUUCAUCCCCCUGCCUCAUGCCACGCUCCACCUCGCCGGCCAGGCCCAUGCCUGUAGAGUGCUGGGCUGAAAACGUCACCAGAUACUACAACUCCCAAAAUGCUUCGCAGCCGUGUGGCUCGCCCUGUGAAGAGUUGUCUGAACUCGAAUCGCUCUACAGAGCCAGCUUGCGGGCUCCCAGCAAACCACGAGCCUCUUGUGGGCCCAGUCCAAAUCCCACUGGGAGACAAGGACCAGCUGCUGCACGCAGACUUGCAUCUGGACACUCAGGCUCGCUUGGCCGCUCCAAAACACCCACUGCUGAGAUCGAGAGGAGUGCCUACAGGACACCAGAAUACAUCAGUGCUCCUGCACACAGACCUGUUACUCCUACGGUGCGUGACGUACCAGCGGGUGAGGAUCAGAUGUACAGUGCUGAGAAUCUGCGUCGCAUCGCUCGCAGUCUGAGCGGCACCGUCAUCAGAGGACGAGCCGAAAACCUUGUUCCUUCUCGCAGCUUUGACUCUCCUGCUUCGAGAAUUGCUAAGCAUGUGGACCCUCGAUUGAACCCCCGCCACUCCAACACCUCCCUGCAUGCCGCACCCGUUGCCCACAAUCCUUCAGUUUUCACCCACCACCCUGAGCACCAGUACCUGCACCCACCUCAGCAGCAACCUCCCCCUCCAGCUACGUUGCAGCGGCCCACUCGAGGACACCCAGUGUCUGCAGGAGAUCCCCAAAAGGUCGACAGGUUUCUGGCUGUGCUUGACCGGGGCGAAGCUCUUGCCCAUGGCAGCUCCCACAGUGUGAUGAUGAGCUACGGCACUCUUCCUCGGGCGCCCCGGAAAUCGGCUCCUUCUGUGCCGCUUAUGCCUCAGGCCAGAGUCGGACUAGCUGCUCGCCCUGAGGCCUGGAACUACACAGAUCCCCGCUAUGCCACCCUGGCUCACUCUGGCCGCUCGGUACCUGCUAGCAGACCUGUGGACAUUUCUCAACACCAACUUCAACGUGCCAGCUUACCCAGACAGCAGUCUGUCCCCACUGCUCAGCCCACGCGUAUGGAUAUGCCACCAGAGGCAGACUGGAGGACUGCUACUUUCAGAACAGGUCACCCGGAUGGCCAGGCGUCCAGAACCCGACGUGCUUCCCAUGUGCAGCUGUGUUCCCUGUGCCAGCAGUCUCCAGCUGAGCCCAUGGGCACCUACUGCCAGGCCUGCAUUGCUUACAGAAAUCGCUACAGGCAGGCCAAUUAAGCAAAGUGGAGCACCACUUCAUGGAAAUGCCAGCUUCAUGUACAUGUACAUAAUUACAUCCCAUACAUACACACAUACACUUAUAUACACAUCUGCAUGACGACGAGUGAGAAUGAAGGAGAGUCAUACACCAGCCCACUUCUGUCUUUCACUUACUGCAUUUCUCUCCUUCACCUUGCCCUGUUGCUUGAGUCCUGCUUUCACAUACUUUUUUGCUGAUGAAGAAUGGCCUCUAACUGAAGGUGUGAUGCUUCACAUCUGCACUGUGCGCGUCCUGCCGGAUGAAGACUGUUUUAGACUCUGGAUUUAGACUUCUUGAUUGUGUUUUAUCGAAUUAACACAAUGGGAAGAACUUGAAUCCUUUCCUUGAGUGACCUGCCAAUGAGAUUGGUAUUUAACUACAGUGUUUUGGUAAAAGAGUGCAUUUUUUUAUGAGGCCACGAAGCACAAAUUCAAGACAAGACUGAGACAGAGCUUACUAUUUUUGAAUAACUGAACCAUAGAUAGCCUGGAUUAUAUAACUUGACAGUUCCUCGUUUUAUUAUAGAUUUCUCUAUAGCAUACUAGACUAAGCAGAGUGAAGUAAAUUAUAAGAAAAUGUUUAGAAACUAUUGUGUAAUGUGAACGAGGUAAUAGCAGUGGAGUAGAAAAAUGUGAUGAGAAGUGAAGAGAGAACAUUUUCAUGUGUUUUCUGUUCUAGUUUCAUGACAUGCCAAGUGGCUCACUGGAAAAACACACUCGACAUAAGUGGAUUGUCUGUUUCAGUGUAAAAAUACUCACACUUGUCACAUGAAUAAUUAUCGAAGGGUUUUACAGGGAAAGGCAUUAUAAAGAGUUUUAAAAUAAAUCUGAACUAUCAGUGUUACUCACGAACAUGCCAGGUACAGCAGUUCAGAAUAACACCUGAAGCUUUUUUUGUUCCGCAUUAAUGCUGAUGAAGGGUUAGGGCUUGUUAAAGGUUAAACAUACACUGCGUCUGGCAGGUAUUUAUUAUUGUAUUUAUAAAAAAAUUAAAAAAAACAACAAUUUGCAAUGUAACUGAAACCAAAACUGUGAAGUGAGCUGAGAAUUUUGCAUCAUUUAGAAGACCGAAUGCACAAAGCUAUACCUUGAACGCAGACCAAUUUACUCACAGCGGCAUCACGAUAUACAGCCAUGAGAUGCUUCUGAUUACUUCAGUAUUUAGGAUUUAAUCAUUUAGAUUUAGUCCAUUUGUGCAAGCGCAUGGCUUAAAUACCUUCAAUUAAAGGAGAAGUGUUUUUAGAGCCCUCUGCUGCCUGAGAAGUAGACCUACCUGACUUCCCUUUCUCUCCAGUUGACCCCGCCCCUUUUGUUGAAACUACACAUGCCUUGUGAGUUGCCUUUAAAGGAGAACGGGCCGAGCCGAGCAGGUCUGUACCGACUGCACCGGAAAAAUAAAGACAGAAACUAGCUCAAUCCAUUGCACUGUAAUUUCACGAUUCAUUCUUCUUCUUUUUUUUAAGGCACCUUUGAAAUUUUAGGUCAGGAGACACCCUUAAAUAUCUCAGACUGCACCUUCAAACAUGUUUAGGAGGGUUAAGGACAUUCCUCAGACCUAGAGGUAUAUAUUUCUCAAUUGUAAUAGAUACAGUGUGAUCAACAUAUCCGAUAUACAACAUACAAUUAAAGCCGAUAUUGGCUUAUUUAAUUUAGAGCUGAUCUGAUGCAAUGCGAUAUGACCUAGUGUGCAGUUUUGAUUUUAACUGAAAAGGUGCCGUGAAGUCAUGUGACAUCACAAUACACAUUCAGCCAAAGCCCUCUUCAAUUCACAUGCGUCGAACGCGAGUACAGCUAAAAGGUCUCAUUUACCAACAAACAUCACUGCGAAAUUUUUGCCCGCAACAAUCACAAACAAAAAACCCUCUGCGAAAUCCUGUACGGACCGAUUACUUUUUUUUUAAAUAGGAGUACAACAGUGAUGGAGUAGAUGCACACGUGCUAUCAGACUUUACUGAUAUACAGAUGCCCGUAUUGAUUCAUCUCACACACGGUUUUGCUUCGGUGCAGUGAAUCUUUACAACAUUACUCUAAACGUGUGGUGGUCUGGGAAAACCCAUCAGAUAUGGCGGAGGCUGAAUUCUGCCAGCCAAAAAGUGAUGGAAAUGUGAUGGAGUUUUUUUCUUUUUUAUUUCUUUACUCUGCAAAGAUCAUGUUGGGGAAGCCAGUUUAACAACAAAAAAGAAAGUCAGUCUACCUUAAGGUGUCUAAAGCCUUACUAGUUAAGUGUGAUUUCCACACACAGUGAGCAUUUACAUUACUUUAAUUCAUUUAGCAGACGCUUUUAUCCAAAGCGACUUACAAAUGAGGAAAUACAAGCAAUAUAUAUAUAUAUUUUAAUAAUGUGGGGCUGGCAUUUUAGGGUACAUCAGUUGUAUAGUUAUGUGCCGUAGCGAAACAGACAUGAACCUAAUCAAUUCAGUUUAAAUCAAUUCAGAUACUCGCUGCCAAAAUAUCCAUGAUGCUCCUGCACUGCGGUGAAUGAAACCUUUAAAUACAGUUUUCUUUUUCACGUUUGAAAGUAACCAGAUGUUAACUUUGCUCGUGCUUGAGAUAUGAUCAUAAGUGUCCAGAACUCUAUAUAGUAGAAAUGUCAUCAUGUCAAAUAAGUGUUUUCCCAGGCCACUGCCCAAAUAUUAUCCCAUCCAACUCAGUAUUUCAUCUUGUCCCAUAUCAGAACACAUUGCACUUAAAAGGCAUGUCGUGGUGGAUUUAGUGAGCUGUAACCACUAAAUGGAUGCUUUUAAAAGUUUUACAGUCAUGCUUAAAACCUGUGCAGCUACAGUUGCUACAAAAUGUAUAUGCAAUGUCGCAAGGCCUGUGUUCCUAUAACUUAAUGCCGUAUACUAGCCUGAGUUUUGUGAUUUUGCUUAACUAUGUUAACACUGGUUUAGUGCACUUCACAAGUGUUAAGUUAGAAAGUGUAACUCUGUUGUAAUGUACAUUUCCCAUAAUUCUGGGAUAUAUUUCAAUGUUUAUUAUGUGUAACUGCGUAAUCUAUAGAUCUAUAUCUGAAAUUUAGUCAUAUAUAGUUUUCUAUGCUGUACUGAUACUGAAUAUAUAAGUAUUUUCAUGAAGUACUGACCUCUAAAAGUGUAAUUAUGCACUUACUUACACGUAUAAGGCUGUGGAAAUGAAACUGGCACUUGACUUGUUUGGUUUCGUUCCUCACAGUCAGUGGGACAUGAGAGCAGAGAGACACAAACUUUUAUCAACCUGGGACUCCUGUUGGUUUUGGCACCAAAUCCUGCCUUUCUAUAGUUUUGCAGUGGUUCUUAAACUUUGUGCAGCCGGGGACCCCUUAAACUGUCAAAUAAAUUCCACACACCACUACAGUACAGAUUUAUUUCAUGAACAUAAUCCUCCUAUUUAAAUAUUAGGUUGAUUAUUAAUUACGUACAGUAAUAUUGUGACCAUUGUUUUUUUUGAAGCCUCAGGGCGAAUCUUCCACUGACAGAACACAUUACAGUCAAGCUGACAUUAUUUAUAGGCCAACUUUUUUUCGGCUUAUCGACCUAAGCGUGCGCAACCUGGUUGCAAAAAGACCUGAGUAGGUUAGCAAUCUGAUGCUACUUCUGUAUUUUUCUAAGCUAUAGUCUGAAUGAAAAAUCUAUCAAGAAUUUUAUCCAAAAUAUUAAUAAAAUAUUAUUCACUUAUUAUUAUGGAUUAGUGCUUAAAGACAGGGAGUGCUAUUCAGCUGAAGUAACAUUUUCCAAUGAUGUUAACUCUAGAAGAUUUUUAUGGCUUGGCCCUGUGUAAGUGGCCAAAUUAUGCUAAGCGGUGAUCAAGUCUUCAUUGGCUGGAUAGACUGUAUAUACAUAUCUCAUAGAAACACUGAGCGUUUGUACUAGAGAGAAAUGAACGUAGGUGUGCAGGUCUCUUGAGGGGAGGAUGUUGUGGCACAGAAAGCCACAGAGUUAGCUAGGAAAUGCAUCCAUUAUAGGCAUCUUCUCUGUAAGAACACGACCUAGCUAUCUAGCGUUAGCUAGCUAUUGAUGUAAAAUUUUAGGCGAGUUACUUUAGGCGGUUUGGGUAAGGAAUAUAAAUUGGGCGUGUUUGCUAACUAGCAAGUUAAGUCUGUUAAACCAUUUAUAGUUAGCAAGCCAACUUUACUGAUCUGGUAGAUAGAUACGUCGCUGAGAUGUAACGGGGCCAGCGAAGACAUGGAGCUCCUCAGACCAGUUAUCUCUGCUAAAUGCCUGUAACCACAACUGGCUUGGAAAGGUGUCAAGUUGGACAGGAUGGGGGGGGGUAAGACCCCAAAUGUGUUUGAAUGCUUUUACGAUUCUGACACCCAACAGCACAGCACGACAUUUUAGAAAACUAAUUCUGGCUUGCUCUUCCGCUAUGUUUUUGCAAUCAGGAGGCGUGGCUGACGUCAGUGUCCUGUCUGACUCAGGAAUCUACUGCUAUUAAUUCAAAUGACCAAUCAGACAGGUUAAUAACUAAGAAAUCAUUAAGUAGAAUAGCUCUUAUAAAGGUGGCUUAUAA